AUGGAGAGCCACGAAGAUCAGAUUUCACAGCUACGCCAGCUGAGCAAGCUGUUUACUGGGAAUAUUGAAGUCGUCAUCGACGAAUGGAAGAAGGGGACGGCGCCGAAUGGAGUUCCAAGCAAAGAGGCAUACGAAGCCCAAAGAAUUCUCACAGCAGCUAUGGGAAAGUUCAGAGAGCUCGUGGUUGAUCCGAGAUACCUGAUAAUGGAAAUUUCCCAACGGUAUACGGACUCCAGAGCUCUAUUCAUAGCAGUGGAGCGCAGGGUCGCAGACUUGCUGGAAGAUGGUGAGGGCGACGGCAGGCAUGGAUGCUCGCUAGAAUUCCUGGCCGACAAGACAGGCGUGGAGAAGUGCAAGCUCGCGCGAAUUCUGCGUUAUCUGUGCUCGAUGCACGUCUUCCAGGAAGUUGCACCGGGACGAUUCGCAAACAACCGCGUGUCGCAAGUACUGGCACACGACGAGGCCUUUCGGGCAAUUACUAUGCUUCCCCAACUGGAUGCCUUUGCUGCAUCCACCUACCUUCCUCUCACCCUACUCGAUGAGAAGAAGGGCCCUUCAUACGACAUCUGCGACGCCGCUUGGGGCGUUGCUAUUCGCACGGACAAACCCCGCUGGGAUUGGCUUGAAGAAAAGCAUCCCGCGAGAGAGCUUGCCAAACCAUCUGGUGCCAGUCCAUCUCUACCCGAGGCCGCUUACGCGGACCUAUCCGGUGAGAAAGGUGACGAGCUCCAAGCUCGCCCCGAGCUGAAGAUCUUCGGGUUGGCAAUGCAGGGGGUUGGAAAGGUCAAUGUGAACAGCCACAUAUAUGAUUAUCCUUGGAACGAGGUCAGCAACGGGUUGCUCGUUGACGUUGGGGGCGGUGUUGGACAAUUUGAUCUUCAGCUACUCGAAGUUUAUCCAGAGCUGAAAGUUGUGAUCCAGGAUCGGGCUCCAGUACUCGAACAGGCCCAGAACGAUAUUUGGCCGAAACAGAACCCACAGGCUGUCGCUUCGGGUCAGGUCAAGUUCAUGCCACAUGACUUCUUCACGGAGAACCCAGUCAAGGGUGCCGACAUUUACUGGUUGCGGUCCAUCAUCCACGACUGGUCAGACGAGUACUGCGUCAAGAUUCUCACUGGGGUGCGGAAGGCCAUGUCCAGAAAUUCCAGGGUUUUGGUUUGCGAUCAGGUAAUGAACACCACGACCGGCCAUCCAGAGCUCACACCCGCACCGGCACCCCUACCGGCCAACUACGGCGAGUACAUGCGCCCUCUCUACCAGCUGGACAUGAUCAUGUUGGCAGCGCAUAACGGUAUCGAGCGUACCCCUGCCGAGGUCCAAGUCCUCCUCGGAGCUGCUGGACUAAGGCUGAAGAAAAUCUGGGAAUGUCGCAGUCAACUUUGGAUUAUUGAGGCCCGUCUUCCAUAA